UUCUCUCUCGGUGUCCAGACGACUUGCUCUGAAGGGAAAACACUGAUGUGUCCGGACAGGCCCUGAAGAAGGGAAUCAGAGGCAGAAAGAGGAGAGGAGGAGGAGGAGAAAGAAAGAAAAAGAAAGAGAGAAUCAUGGAGGAAGAAGAGGAGGAGGUGCUGUGCUACUUGGACAGUGUGCUGGAGGAGGAGGAGGUGUUUGAAUAUGGAGAUGGGGAGCUGGAUCCCAUCACUCCGACACAUAGACAGUUCAAGGGGGACAUAGAGAAAGGACUGGAGAUGAAGAAACUGGUGCUGUCCGGAUUCUUGGCCAGCGAGGAGAUCUACAUUAACCAGCUGGAGGCCCUGCUACUGCCCAUGCGUCCCUUAAAAGCCACGGCCACAACCUCGCAGCCCGUCCUGACCAUCCAGCAGGUAGAGACCAUCUUUUACAAAAUCCAGGACAUUUUUGAGAUCCACAAGGAGUUCUACGACGCCCUCUUACCCAACAUCCAGCAGUGGGACGAGAAGGUCACCGUGGGACAUUUGUUCCAGAAGCUGGCCAGCCAGUUGGGAGUGUACAAGGCUUUUGUGGACAACUACAAAGUGGCGCUAGAGACGGCAGUGAAAUGCAGCCAGGCCAACGGCCAGUUCCAGAAGAUAUCUGAGAACCUCAAAGUAAAAGGUCCUAAAGACUCCAAAGAUUGUACCACGACUGUCUCGAUGGAGGCUCUCCUUUACAAGCCCAUUGACCGUGUUACCAGAAGCACCCUGGUCCUUCAUGACUUGCUGAAACACACUCCUAAGGACCACCCGGACUUCCCCCUCCUGCAGGACGCUCUGCGGAUAUCUCAGAACUUUCUCUCCUCCAUCAACGAGGAGAUCGACCCUCGCAGGACUGCCGUCACCACGCCCAAGGGAGAGGCUCGUCAGCUGGUGAAGGAUGGCUUCCUGGUGGAGGUGUCAGAAAGCUCCAGGAAGCUUCGGCACGUCUUCCUCUUCACCGAUUUGCUGCUCUGUGCCAAGAUGAAGAAGACGGCUGUUGGUCGCCAUCAGCAGUAUGAGUGCAAGUGGUACAUUCCUCUGGCAGACUUGACCUUCCAGACCCUGGACGACUCUGACUCCUGCCCCAGUAUCCAGGUCCUGCCCGAGCACGAGAUCGAGGAGAUGAAGAUCAAGAUCUCAGUCUUAAAGAGUGAGAUACAGAAAGAGAAGAAAGCACCGAAGGGUCAGAGUCGCGUGGAGCGUCUGAGGAAGAAGAUGAAUGAGCAGGAGUCGUGGCUGCUCCUGCACUCUCCCACCAUCCCCUUCCGCAUCCACAACAAACAUGGAAAGAGCUACCUGUUCCUCCUCUCCUCCGACUACGAGAGGUCAGAGUGGAGGGAAAGCAUCCAGAAACUCCAGAAGAAGGAUCUCCAGUCCUGUGUAUUAAGUUCUGUGGAGCUCCAGGUCCUGACCAGCUCCUGUUUCAAACUCCGAACUGUCCACAACAUUCCUGUCACCAGUAACAAAGACGAUGAGGAGACUCCUGGCCUGUACGGCUUUCUGCAUGUGAUCGUCCACUCUGCCAAAGGAUUCAAGGAGUCAGCCAAUCUAUACUGCACCCUUGAAGUGGACUCCUUUGGAUACUUUGUCAGCAAGGCCAAGACCCGCGUCUUCAGAGACACCACAGAGCCUCAGUGGAACGAAGAGUUUGAGAUUGAGCUGGAGGGCUCCCAGUACCUGCGGAUCCUGUGCUAUGAGAAGUGUUAUGACAAAAGCAUGCUGAAUAAGGAUGACAACGAGAUUGUGGACAAGAUCAUGGGAAAAGGACAAGUCCAGCUGGAUCCUCAGACGGUGCAGUCCAAGAACUGGCACAUGGACGUCAUAGAGAUGAAUGGGAUCAAAGUGGAAUUCUCCAUGAAGUUUACGAGUCGGGACCUCAGCUUGAAGAGAACGCCAUCCAAAAAACAGAGUGGGGUGUUUGGAGUCAAAAUCAACGUGGUGACAAAGCGCGAGCGCUCCAAGGUGCCUUACAUCGUCCGUCAGUGCAUUGAGGAAGUGGAGAAGAGGGGGAUUGACGAAGUGGGAAUCUACAGGAUCUCAGGGGUGGCCACGGAUAUCCAGGCCCUCAAAACUGCAUUCGACACCAAUACCAAAGACAUCCUGGUGAUGCUGAGCGACAUGGACAUCAACGCCAUCGCAGGAACACUGAAGCUGUACUUCAGGGAGCUGCCGGAGCCUCUGCUCACUGACCGCCUCUACCCCGCCUUCAUGGAGGGCAUAGCGCUCUCAGACCCGGCAGCCAAGGAGAACUGCAUGAUGCACCUCCUGCGCUCCCUGCCCGACCCCAACCUCAUGACCUUCCUCACUCUGCUGGAGCACCUCAAACGGGUGGCUGAAAAGGAGCCCAUCAACAAGAUGUCCCUCCAUAACCUGGCCACUGUGUUUGGCCCCACUCUGCUCAGGCCCUCAGAGUCAGAGAGCACGAAGGGACAGCACAUCACCUCCGCCUCUGACAUCUGGUCACAUGACGUGAUGGCGCAGGUCCAGGUGCUGCUCUAUUACCUGCAGCAUCCUCCCAUCUCCUUUGCCGAACUGAAGCGCAACACGCUCUACUUUUCCACUGAUGUUUAGUCCCCACCCACCUCCCUCAGGGCGCCAUCUGGAGAGGAGAGCGUGAGAGACUCCAUACAAACCUUGGUCCUCGCCACUUGGUCCUCCUGCCUCACCUCUCCGCCCAGCAGGCAGCUCAUCUUGACUGUACAGCCCCCAAAACACACAUCCCUCCUGUCUGCACCCCCGAACCAACCACCUCACCCCCCCCCAGUCCUAAAAAGAGAUGGAGCCGAGCACGUAGGGAGGUGGUGAAGGAGAUUUCCUGGUCGUCUAGUAGUCACAUGUCCUGUUUGUAAUGUGAGGAGAGCAGAGCCGCCCCUCCCACCGACAAGACAACAAGGCAUUCUGGGACCACUGUGGAAAAGAUCGAUGGGGGUCCGAGGCCACAGCCUGGCGCGGUGGCACAGGAUCACACCAGUGUGUGUCAUAAGCGAGCCCUGUCCAGACGCUGGUUUGAUGAGUCGACUCAGCUUCUUUUUCCUGAUCAGAGGCAUUCCAGAAAAAAAAUGGCAUUUACAUGUUUAAUAAUUAUGUUCAGCAGCUGUUUUGUUUCCUUUUUUUCUGUCUUUCUGGCUUUGUGCAUGUGGUGGAGGAGGCCGGGGUGUGUGAGUGACGAUGUGGAUGUACUUGAGUGAGUGUGUGCGUGCACGUGUGUGUGUGUCUGUGUGUUUAAGGGACUAUGAGAACUUGUGAGGUGUAGAAGUGGCUGGGAGCCACCCUAAUAAACGGCUGGUGACGUGUCUCUCUGUGCUGACAAACAAGAGAGAGCUGCCCUCCCCAGUGAGUCUUGGCCAAAUUAGCCCUAUUUAUUUUAAAUAUAUAUAAUAUGUGUGCCUGUACAGUUCUGUGCAACUAGAGAAAUGCUCUAAGGAGUCUGUUUUUUGAAGUUUAUUCAGGUAGUGACGUUAUUUUUAGUCUGAUUUUCUCAUUCACCAUGUCCAUGGUUGGUAAGCUGUACUGAAAAAAAAAAAAGUCUGCCAUUUAAUUUCAGAUCACUUUGUAGAGGAGAGAGGGCACUCUGUGACAUGAGGGUUGUAGGGAAAAAACACAGUGAAUGGAACAUUUAGCUUUUUUUCUUGUUGUUUCAUUGCAAGCCUGUUCCAAGUGUCUUACUGCACCGGUAUAAUCUAUAGAGUUGAUUUGUGUAGUUGCCCUCAUUGCAUGUUCAGCUUGUCAAUCAGACCAGGCCAGGUAACACAAAGGUAGGUUGUCUCUGCAAGGCCCUCGCUAAGACCGGCAAACGCCCAUCUCUGCUCUGUACAAAGCCAACCUUUCUGCUAUCAAGCCUGCGACAUAUCUUAAGAUACUGUAAGCACUGCUAGAUGAGUACUAUUUGAUAUUUUUAAUAUAAGAUUAAAAUGGAAUAAAAAAUGUUGUAUUUUACUUCCUUUGAGAAGAAUUUCAAUAUACUGUAAUAUUGAGACUAAAUGUCAAUGUGAACUUUUCUCCCCCUUUUUUUUAGUAAAAUAAAAGUUACCAAAACACUCUCA